GAGGUUGAGACAGAAAGUGACGACUUUUCCACGUCAGCUUAUGUCCAUCAUUCACAGCGUGUGCCAUUUUCAAGUCCGCCAUUGUUAGCAGACGGACGGUGGAAGAAGAAGAAGAGAGGAGGGAGAGGACAAGAGAAGCAGAAAGCUAACCCCACCAUUCUCUUCCUCCUCCUCGUCGUCAGGGAAGAGCUAACAAGAUCCUCUCAGCCACCGCCAGAAUCUCGCGAUGUCGGCCGGAGAGCGAAACCCUAAGCUUGAGAAGCGGACCAUCCCGACGUAUAUGAAGGCGGUGUCGGGGUCGCUCGGUGGGAUAAUGGAGGCGUGCUGCCUGCAGCCCAUCGACGUGAUCAAGACGAGGCUGCAGCUGGACAAGACGGGCGCGUACAAGGGGAUCGUCCACUGCGGGACAACGGUGGCGCGCACCGAGGGCUUGCGGGCCCUGUGGAAGGGGCUGACGCCCUUCGCCACGCACCUUACCCUCAAAUACACCCUCCGCAUGGGCUCCAACGCCCUGUUCCAGUCCGCCUUCAAGGACCCCGAGACCGGUAAGAUCAGCAACAAAGGCCGCCUCAUGUCCGGGUUCGGGGCCGGGGUGCUGGAGGCCCUCGCCAUCGUCACUCCCUUCGAGGUGGUGAAGAUCAGAUUGCAGCAACAGAAAGGAUUGAGUCCGAAUCUCUUGAAGUAUAAGGGUCCCAUUCAUUGUGCCCGGACGAUAAUCCGGGAAGAAGGCCUUUUCGGACUGUGGGCAGGUGCAGCUCCAACAGUCAUGCGAAACGGGACAAACCAGGCGGCAAUGUUUACAGCAAAGAAUGCCUUCGACGUUGUCCUGUGGAAGAAACAUGAGGGCGAUGGUAAGGUCCUCCAGCCGUGGCAGUCAAUGAUCUCAGGAUUCCUCGCUGGGACAGCAGGUCCUGUCUGCACAGGGCCGUUCGAUGUUGUGAAGACGAGGUUGAUGGCACAAAGCCGGCAAGGGGGCGAGCUCAAGUACAAGGGAAUGGUCCACGCAAUCAGAACAAUCUAUGUAGAGGAAGGGCUCCGAGCGCUGUGGAAGGGGCUAUUGCCUCGGCUCAUGAGAAUUCCACCUGGACAAGCCAUCAUGUGGGCCGUUGCCGAUCAGGUCAUUGGGUUCUAUGAGAGGAGAUUCCUUCACAAUGCUCCUCUGUAGGCAUUCUUUUACUUAGUGAUUAGCUCUUUGGGUUUGAUUUCUAAUCAAUUGUUUUGAUGUGCCUUUGCUUGCUUCGACUUAGAUGAGGAAGCCAAUUUUUGUUCAUAGGCUCUUAGAAGUAAGUUUCAGACGGUCUAUUUGUCGUAUGCUUCAAUCGAUGAGCAGAGUAAACACAUUCGGGUGGGAGCUCCUGAUGCCAGAGGAAUCAAGUGUAGUCCUCUCUGUAGCACUAAAUAUUAUAUUGUCUUUGGACGAUGAAGGCAUUCGAGUGGGGAUAUGAAACCCCAAUAAGGUUUUGGCCAAUCGCAACUACAUUUUGGUAUAA